CUCUGCAGCGCUGCGCUUCGCAGAGCGAGAGAGGACUCUCGGACUGUUCCAUGCGCGUCGCGCGCGCUCGCUCAGCUGUUGUCUAUCUCGGCGUGAAAUGACAGUCUGGUGCGUCGACGGUGCGCGAUGUGGAAAUCAAUUUCGUGAAGUUGGACGGUGCUGGGUGAAGUGAACCGCAACGCGUGCUAUCGUGGUGCGACUUAAAAGAUCCUCCCCGUUGCCCGGAAAAGAUGAACGGGAGCUUGGGAAUAGCGCGCGGCUCGGAGCAACAUCCGCAACGGUUCGCAGAUUACUUCGUCAUAUGUGGCCUGGACAAGGACUCUGGUCUCGAGCCGGACAAGUAUUUCGGUGAUUCAUUGCAGUGCACGCCUUUGGAUCGGGCAUACAAAAGCAAAGUAUUGGGACAUUAUCCAGAUUCAGUACCAUGGAAUCCUUUCGACGAACAUGCUGUGUGCAUGCUUUGUCUGCCAAGCGGUUUGCGCUUUCGUACUCAAAAGCAUUCGGUGGAGCCGACCUUCCAUUCCUUCGUCCUGACGAAGGAAGAUGGUCAUAGAACGUAUGGGUUCAGCCUUGUUUUCUACGAGGAGUGCCGCAAUCGCAAAAUAUGCGCUGCAAUGCAAACGUUACAGGCGAUGCACAUCACGGAGCUCAGUAGCGGUCAGAACGGCACACCUCCCACAGCGAGGAAGGGCCAGGAUGGACACAACACAAGAUCGUUACCACGUCAUUUUAAAUUAUCAGCCCAUUCACCUGGUGCUGCAUUAGGAUACUAUGAUUCUAUCAAAGACAAGUUGCUAGUGACCAAAUCAAUAUCCUUGCUAUGCCAACAGCCUUACCUCUACGCGGCAAAAACGUUCCUCACUAAUCUUUACAAGUGUGUUCCUAGACAUCCUGGGCCUGGGCUUAGCUUAGAAUCUUAUGUCUACAAUAUUCUGUAUAAUGUACCGGUACCAUUGUCUGGCAAAUCGUUGAAGUUUUUCGUACCUAAUGAUGAACCAGCGAAAUUACCCUUGGAACUGGUUAUCUAUCAACCAUCUCCGUUGCUGGAGCUACCGAUGUUGGACUAUCCUCUCAAGGAUAUAUUCACGUGGCUAGGUGCAGAUUGUCUAAUCCAGUUAUUCACGUGCGUUCUGUUAGAGAAUCAAGUUCUCUUGAGAAGCGCCGAUUUUCACAAGCUGAUGGUGGUAUCCGAAUGUAUAACGGCGCUCUUGUUUCCGUUCUCUUGGCAACACGUCUACGUGCCAAUAUUGCCUGCCAGUCUGCAUCACUUCUUGGAUGCUCCGGUGCCCUUUAUAAUGGGUCUGCAUGCGCAAAGCGAGGGCGGCGUAUUGAAGAUUGCUAGUGAAGCAAAUCUUUGUUAUGUAGAUAUAGAUAAACAGAGUAGCCAAUUUCCGGAAGAAUUACCUGUGUUUCCUUAUAAAAUGCAGUUUAUUACUGAGAUUAGAGCGCUUCUGAACAAGUACAAAGUACCACAUUCAGGAAAGACUGAUAACAUGGUUAUAAAUUAUUAUAAUGGCGACAUCAUGACCAGUAGUCUGACGCUUCCUGGUUCUGGUUUUCAUCUUCCUCGCAGAAAACAUUCUCUACACGACGUGUUAGAUUGGGAUCGGCCGGAACCAGAGCCGCAAUCGGACAAUUUGCAAAGAACAAUAGAUAAGAAAUUAGUGAAUGUAGACGAUAUUGAUCCUACAGAGGAUAUUAUGUCGGAAAAGAUACUCACGCCGCAAGAAGAAUAUCGAGAGACUCUCGAUUUCAAUAAUGCUGUUAGAGAGAUCUUUUUGAAUCGUUUUGUACAAAUGUUUUCUAGUUACGAACAUUUUGUUAUUCAACCGAGUCAGGAUAAAGAUGAAUGGAUCAAUAAUAGGGAUAGUAUGCACGUUUUCGACAAAGCCACGUUUUUAUCCGACCAGCCUACGCCACAUCUGCCAUUUUUGUCAAGAUUCCUGGAAACGCAGAUGUUUGCCUCUCUUGUUGAUAGUAAAGUGAUGUCAACGUGGAGCGAACUCGAUUGUAAUAUUAAAGUCUUCGAUCAAAGAAUUUCCGCUUUAAAAAAGAAAGUUGGAGAAAGCAUCAUACGAUCAAUGCGAUAUGAGCCUUACACAAACAUUACAGAUACACAACAAAUACUCAAACAGAGAUUAACCAAUGUAGACUUUGAGACGAAUCCGCCUACGGAAAUUCUUCCUCAUAGAGCCGCAUAUUUUCGCAGUUUUCCUUUGUUAGAUAACGUCGUAUUAAAUAAAGAACCAGCUCAAAGUAUACUUCGUAGUAGAAGAGGCCAGACACAGUGGAAAUACAAAAUGAAAUCUAUGGAUACAAAUGGGAAACCUGUAACGCCCCAAGAAUCUCAGUCGCCUCGACCUCAAACUAAACUUUCGACGGACAUGAGUCCCGCUUUAAUAGCGCAAGCUAAUUGGACAUUCGUAGAAAAAUUGCUCAAGGAUUGUAAAUCCAAGACAAAAAGGAUGUUGGUGGAGAAAAUGGGAUCGGAAGCAGUCGCACUUGGUCACGGAGGCGAAUCUCUAUCCGAUGUUGAGGAGAAUACUCUAGUCGCUAGUCUUUGUGAUCUAUUGGAACGAGUAUGGAGUCAUGGACUGCAAAACAAGCAAGGCAAGAGUGCUCUUUGGUCACAUUUGACCAUGUACCAAGAAUCGGAGGAAUGUAACGAUGCGACCAAGUCUAUAGAUGCCAAUUUUCUUUCCCCUGCAAAGAAAUCUCCGAAUAAGUUUUUCGGAAUACCGGACCGUUUGGUUUCAUCCUUGAGAGGCAAAAGUAUUAUUGAAAUUGCUUCUUACAUCAAGGAAAAUUUGAAUGAUUUGUCUAAUUUGCAAUUGGAAACGGACGUUUCGCCCACGAGGGGUACGGACAAAUAUAAAUCUCCUGGUGAGAGGAAAACCGUCGGUCCGGAACACUUAAGGCCUCUUCCGGACUCUCUAAUUUUCGACAUUCGUAACGUACAAGCCAUGACUGAUAUUAAAACACACAUUGGAUAUGCAAGAGCAUGGGUGCGAUUGGCUCUUGAAAAAAAAUUGCUGUCACGCCAUUUGAAAACGUUAUUGUCAGAUAGUGCUUUAUUGAGGAGUCAGUAUAAACGAUCAGCAUUUUUACGCUGUGAGGAGGAGAAAGAACAAUUUUUGUAUCAUCUUCUGACUCUUAAUGCUGUUGAUUAUUUCUGCUUUACAAACAAUUAUCCGACAACAAAAUUACCGUAUCGAGUUGUGAUAUUUCCCAGCCGAAAAGCAAGCGCCGCUACGACUUCGGCUAAUAGUUGGAUUGCUAUUUCCGGUACGCUCUGUGAAACCAAUCCCGUACCUAUACCGAAAGGAGCGUUAGAAUUUGUAUUUCAUCAUAAAAAUUUAGGUGUGUUGUCUACAUUAAGAAUUGGACACGACAAUACUGGAUUGUCGCCAAAAUGGAUGGUGGAACAUGUUGUAGUGCGAAAUGAAGUAACUGGACACACAUUUAAGUUUCCUUGUGGUCGUUGGCUUGGCAGAGGAAUAGACGACGGAUCCACCGAGCGUUUAUUAGUGGGUGCUUUGGUACCACGUAGUAUUGAUAGUGAAGAGUUGGUGGAAUCAUGCUCUACGCCACCGAGAUGUAGAUCUCCGAGUAUACCUAGACGUCCCAUACUAUCGCAAGUCGAACUGCAACACAUGCUUGGUGAAGCUGUAAAUGCCAUAGUCAAAUAUCACUACAGAAGAGAGUGUCAAGACGGCUCUUUGACAGCUCUGUUGUGCGGAGAGGGCGGUCUUGUGCCAUCUUUAGAACAAAUAUUUCUAUUUGGUUUUAAAAAUCAAAGAAUAUUUGGAAGAAAUUUCUACGUAUGGGAUUACUUUUUGCGCGUGAAAGAAAAUUUUGAGAUUUCUUUGCUGGAGGAAAUGGAUGAGUAUUCUCAAAGACUUAAUCGAGAUAGAAGAGUAUAUACGGAGAGCAGCCAAAGAUUUACUAUUUUAAGAUGUUACUGUCAUCUCAUUGAUCAAAUUAAUAUGUUUAGUCAGACUUUAGGGAAAGAUGGAAAAUUUCAAUUAUUUAUCUGUUUAGCAGCGAGAGAGCAACUUCUACAUCCAAUGUUACGUCCGAUGAGUGACGCGCGUUCUACGGCAGAUAUGUACGAAGAAAAUUCGUUUCUACGAAAUUCUACAUUAUUGACUUUUCUCAUUCAUAUUCUCGAGCCAUUGAGCGAGUUCCAUAUUGUCCUCGAGAAGAGCUUGACUCACGGAAUCUCUAGUAUAUGUUAGUAUUUGCCAAAUGGUAUCAAUUGUAGAUAUUCCGUGUUCCUUCGGUAAGUGUUGCGAAUUAUAUGAAAUAAUUAUAAUCGUAAAAAAAUCCACAUCAAGCUUUCCAACGUUAUAUAAUAAGAAUGUAUUUGUUACAUGGCGUUUUUAAUUAUUGACGAAAUUAGAGAAUAAUUAAGAGCCUUUCAUAAAUAGGAACACACCAGGAACAUACUUUUAAUUGAUAAAAAAGCCAAUUAAUUCUAAACAGUAACAAAUGAGAAAUUCAAUUGUUAUUACGUAUGACGAUAAAAGAUUCGACAAAUUUUAUCAUUAAGGAAAAUUUAAAAAUAUGUAAUAUUAAAUCUAAAGACUGUUACGAGGAUGUAGCUGUACCAUAUGCGUCUUUAAACAACAAAUUAAUGACAAGAAAUAAUAUGAGAUUUAUUAGAUAUAAUAUUAAAUAAGAAGAACAUAUAGAUCUCGUCCUAUUUCAGAAACUUACAAUAAUAUCUUAUCGGUGAUAAAAAAAUUAAUAUAUAAUUGAAAUAUAUUUGGCCCUAUCUUGCCAUAACUAUUAAUAAUGCGAUAAAAAUGGAGUGUUGAAAUAUUUAUACUAGUGAAGAAUCAUGUACCAAAGAUGUGAUCCCAUUUAUUCAGUUUAUAUCAUUUUGUAUUAGCCUUUGUUAUUAAAUAUUAAGUUUUUAACAUUGUCGUAUAUUUUGGAUGCAUGCAGAAUAUUCUGAAAUCAUUUUUAUAUUUAUACUGA